CUGGUGCCUGGCCAGGUUCCCUUCCUUUGGGCUCGCACGCUCGGAGCCGCGGCGCUGCCGAAUCCAGCUGUGUGCCACGCUCCAGAGCUGCUCCUGCCUGGACCGUGGGGAUCUGCUGAGCUGCUGAGCCCACACACAGCCUUUGGGAGGGGUGGAGAAGCACAGGUGCAGCUGUGUUGAAGAGGGGCUGAGGAUGGGUUAUUGCUGGUGGGCGCAAGCUGCGCUUCCAGCCUGGGACCGUGUGCAUCCCAUGGAGGAAGUGUAGCCAGCCUUGGGAAUGGGGUGCCCGUGGACAUGAGGGUGUGGGUGCUGUUCAAGGGCAUCCCCUGAUGUGCCCAGCAGCACAGGCACUCCUGGAUGCACAGGAUCACAACCAGGGGGACACAGAAAUCCUGGACACCCUGUUCUGAGCUCGCUGCGGACUGACCUGAGCACUCUGCCUUUGUGACUGACCAGGGGCUCACCUGGAGAGCCUUAAACUGACAUCAGAGUGGCACCAUGUGGGCGAGCUGCUGUAACUGGUUCUGUGUGGAUGGCUCCCCCGAGGAGAUGCAGCCGCCGGCGGCAGCGCCAGCCCAGGCCUACUCCAACCCUGGCUUCAGCUCCUUCCCCUCUCCCACCGCCUCUGAGCAGAGCUGCAAAGCCUGUGGCAAGCACUUCGACAGCUCCUCCAGCAAGCACAUCUGCUUGGACUGUAAGAAGAACUUUUGCACGUCCUGCUCGAACCAGCCCGAGGGGGGGCCCCUGCUCUGCCACCUCUGCCAGCGCUUCCGAGCCACGGCUUUUCAGCGCGAGGAGCUGAUCAAGAUGAAGGUGAAGGAUCUCAGAGAUUACCUGGCACUGCAUGAGGUUUCCACAGAGUUCUGUCGGGAAAAGGAGGACCUGGUAUUCCUGAUCCUUGGCCAGCAGCCUGCAAUUACCCGGGAAGAUCAGAUAAGAACGAACACAUUUAACACCAGUGCCCGUGGACAGCAAGACUCUGUGAGUCACCCCCCAACCACCCUGGCCUCUCCUACCUCACACGAUGAGUCCUCAGUGUCUGCAGAUCCCAUCUCAAGUUCAGAAGCUCAGGAACACCAACAGGCCAAUGGUCAUGUGCCUCCAAGCCCAGCCUAUGGAACAGCAGCUGAGAAUGCAGCAGAAGAAGCAGCAGCAGAGGAUGAGACACAGUCUAGUGACUCUGAGGAUAACCUGGUGCUGGGCAGGAAGGCCUCCCUGUCUGACCUGACCAGCAUCGGGGACAUCAACGCGCUCUCGGUGCGCCAGCUCAAGGAGAUCCUCGCCCGCAACUUCGUCAACUACAAAGGCUGCUGUGAGAAGUGGGAGCUGCUGGAGAGGGUCACUCGCCUCUACAGGGAGAAGGACCUUCAACAUCUAGUUUUGGACACUGACGAUCAAACUGGUGGUGCAGGGCCCCCCAGCAGCGAGGACAACCUGUGCAGGAUCUGCAUGGACGCUCCCACCGACUGCGUGCUGCUGGAGUGCGGGCACAUGGUGACGUGCACCAAGUGCGGGAAGCGCAUGAGCGAGUGCCCCAUCUGCCGCCAGUACGUCAUCAGGGCCGUGCACGUCUUCAGGACCUAGGGGGGCUCUGGCCUCAGGGUGCUGUGCCUUAAAGCCUCAGUGCUCUUAGGGAAAGGGCCACCAUCCCUGCCAGUAGUUACCUUGGAGAUUAGCAUGGACCCCGCUGCGAGGGAGGGAAGAAGCCUGGGGAAAGCUGCUCUGCUCAAGCCAUGCCCGACUCUGCUCGUCCCACGUCGUGCUUUACACCACAGUGCCUGGACUCCUUGGAGCUCAUUGCCAGCAAUCAUCAGCCACCUCCAUCCCAGAAUGUGAGGACAGAUGGAUGCCCAACUUCCUGCCAGGACGAUCAGCUCCAGAGGCUUUGUAUUUUCCUCUGAAUAAUAAAAGUGAACUGGGGUCUCAAAAAGUGUCCUUUGUUUUGCUGCUCAGGCUAUACCCAGCAACAGCUUGAUUUUUUGAAGAUUCAAAUGUCACUGUGCUUGUUAAUUUUACUUUUAAUUUAAUGUAAAAUUGUUAUGCUUGCAGGACAGGCAGACCACCCCUGCUUUCCCUAAUUCCAGCUUAGUGCAAUUGUGGAAAAAUGUGUAAUUUUAUAUCAAGGUUGUCUUUGUAUUAUUGAAAACUGUCAGGGAGGGAGGCGGGGAAGGCUCAGCCUUGCCCUGAGUGCUGGGCUUUUGUUUCUGUGCCACAGGGAGGUUUCUGGUUUGAUUUUGUUGACUUUGACUUAAGAGCUCGUGCCAGAGGUGGGGCUCAAACUGAACUGCCCUCCCUUGCUGAGGGAGUUACCAGUCCAAGGCUUGAGCCUUCCCCAGGGUUUAGUGAGGAAAGCACAGAGCUGCAGAGUAGUGAGGACUCCACUGCUACACAAUCAUAUUUAAGUACAGCUGACUUUCUCUUUUUUUAGAAGGGAAUCAUGGAAGACAGCCUUUGUCUCCCUUGCAGCCAAGAGGAUUCUCCAGUGCAGAUCAGCAUUCCCACCUCCCCAGGGCUCAGUUUUACAGUUCUGUUACCUUCCAUUGCUUAUCAAAAGCAAUUUUGUCCUUUCUGCUGGCAAGGGUGGGGAGAGGCUGUGGCUGAUCCUGGCAGCUCUCCUGGGCACUGUGUUCAGCUGGAAGAGAUUUGCUGGAGAGCUCUGGCAGUUCUUGCUAGAGAUGAUUGGAACUGGUGCAUUUUCCUUGCUGCCCUAAACGUCCAUCACUGUGGGCUUGUGGCCUCACUCCAGGGCAGCUGAGCCCCUGUGCAGCUUUCCUGGCUGCUCUGGGGAGGGGGUGGCUCUGUGCUCCAGCCUGGCUGCCAGCAGAGAAUAACAAACCCAGAGGGACUCUGCAGUGAGGCCCCUCCCAGCUCCUGUGCAGUGGGAAAUGUCAACAGCACAUGGACCCUGCGAGUUCUGAACAGGGACAGCUCCAGGGGCUUUGCUCUGGGAGCUGCAGCCAAAACAGCUCCUGAGGUGAGAAAUCCAUGGCUCAGGAGGAGCAGGAGAGCCAUGGAUUUCUCAUUGUGGUGGUCUCAGAACUCCAGAAAACUUCACUAACUCAGCAGUCUCAGUUCUACCUCUGCCCCAGGUCAGGCUGCUCUUUAAUCUUUGAUUUUAAGGUUGAACAGAUCCAGAUGAGAACAAACUGAACAAGUCAGUGCAUCAGGACAGAAAAAAGGGCAGGUAAGAAGUGACUCUGCUCUGGAGAGGGCACAGGGACCUCCAAGAGCUGCAGGAUCCACAAAGUGCAGAACAGCCUCAUGUAGGAAAUUCACUGUGAAAAUUCAUGUUGUCAUAUUUUUCAGUAACUCAGGGCUGGGGGAAUUUAGCAGGAAGAAGAUGAUUCCCCUAUGGAUAGAUGUACUUUUCCUUGUAGAGGGUAGGCUUAUUUCCUACAGCAGUUUAACAAAGCUGCAGAUCAAUGCCUGACAUUUUAGGGAUGAGAAGAUCCACCCACCCUGUGACUCCAAAAUGUGCUUUGUGAAGGGAGGAUUCUUCUUGUUUCCCUUGUAAAAAUGGAUUCUCUACUUAUGGAUAUGAGUGAGUUGCUUUUAAAGGAAAAUCAAAACCUGGAGGAAACUGAUUAAUGAUCCAAAGGAAUAUAAUGUUCUGAACUAAUAAAGUAAAUGGAAAUAUUUAUGUGGUUUAUGUACACUGUACAUUGUUUAAAGAUUUUAAAAGUUAAUAUUCUACUUGAAAGGGCAUGUUAUUCACUCUUAAAUCCUCUGGUACUAUGACAGUUAAACUUACUAGUUUUGGUACAGAAGUUUGGUUUAUAAUUUUAUAAUAAAGUUGAAAUGUGAUUUAGUUAA